ACUGUCUAACUACAAAGUAAACUGAACAUUGAUGUGGCGAGUUAAUUACUCUUCAAAAUACAGUAAAAAAUUGUUACGCAAAUGAGUUUUUGGGAUAAAAGUGAAAUUUCAGUGGUAAAAUAUGUUCAUUUGAAUACCUGAGAUCAUGAUAAGAACACUAGAUACCGAAUGAAUUUAUAUUAACCGAGAAAUAUGCAUACAACACAAAAACGGUACUGUACUCAGAAUCAGCCGACAACAGUCACAAUUGAUUCUUCUGUUAAUGAAAUGGAAAAUGAAGACUGGAAUAGAUUUCUGGAAAAUGACUUUACUAAAUUUAUGGGGAUUACUUCACGGCAAAAUUAUCCAUUUAACGAUCAAUCUAUUAUAUAUAAUCCAAAUGAUACCAGUACUACUUCUAAUAUCAUUAAUAAUAACAACAUUCCUAUCACAUAUAAAAUGAAUGAUAAUAAUAAAAGUGGCAGUGUAAAUAAAAAUAUUUUGGGACACGUCAAGGAGUUGCGAGAAAAUUGUUCUAAUGACAGUAAUCUAGAAAUUACUUCUAAUUGUGAUUGCUCAGAUAAUGAUCUAUCAUGGACAAAGGAUGUUUUCAAUUCAAAGCAUUAUACCACUAGCUCUCUUGCUUUGACAAGUGGAUUUAUCAAUGACACAAAAACACAAAAUAAUCAUCCAGUCAGUAAUGAAUUUAUUUCUGGUGAAGAUUAUCAACAAUCUAACUAUCUCUAUGAUCAACAUUUUAAUUCUACACCUGUACAAUUAUGUUCACAAACUGAUUAUUCUGUAAUGAGAACUGUGAAUUAUCCUUAUAUUAUUAAUAACGAACAUCCACAUUAUCUUAGUGAGUACAUUCAAUCAAGUGACACAGAGUAUUCAAAUUAUCAUAAUAAUCUUCAUAUAGAUUUAAGAUCAAAUGUCUCUGAUUUUACCGAUACUAGUAUUGCUAGUGAUCCAGAUUAUCAGAACCAAAGCGAAUCAAAAGCAAAGUCAUCAUUCAUGUUUUUAAAUGAUCACUUAUGUGCACCACAAGCACCAACCAUAGAAAAUUUAAAGUCAUGCAAUCCUUUAAGCCAGGAAGAUUCCUUUGAGAAUGGAUGGCUUGAUGGUCAAAACAGAACACAUUAUUGUGCUAACUGGUCAGUCGAUUGGACAAAUAAUACUGAGUCAAAUAGUCGACCAAACUAUCACUCAUGUAAUUCAAAGCAUAUUCCUAUAAACUUUGACAGUUUCCGAUGUCUAGGCGCCACUUCUUAUUUCGAUGCUAGAAGUUCGAAUUGUAAAAAAGACUGUCUAGUUACAAAGAAUAGUGAAUCGGUUGACCACCCACAUAAAGGAGCGCCAAACAUAUCUAGUAAUCACCAGUUUGAUUCAGGACCCAAACUGUGUAACGAAUUUGAUAGUUCCUUAUCUCCACAAACAGAGUCAACGAAGCUAUGCAAUGUUACUUCUAAUACCGGUUCAGAGGUACCCAUUCCUAACGCUUUCAACUUGUCGAGUGGUGCAUACUUUUGGCUAUAUAACUCCCAGUGCAAAGGUCCAAAGGCCUCUCCAUUAAUAAGCUUGACAAACACAAUGAUUUUGAAUAAUUCAGCUGAAGAUGAUCAAUCAAGUUUGACAGAAAAUUGCACUUCAAGUGUCUAUCAAGAUGAUUUCGUGUCUUCUAGUGCUUCUUCUCGUGUUAUUAAUCCAGUAAUACAUUAUCCUAUAUCCCCAUUAUCCUUGCCAGGAUAUCCAUUUGUCGUUUUUGAAGAUCCUGUUCAAAGAAGAUAUGAUUUAGUUCAUUGCUCGAAAUUGCGUCGAGGUGACGGUAAUGAUGUGACUCCAAAUUUAAUGCGUUUGCGUUCUAUGGGGGAAGAACUUGCUCAUUUGAAUAGAAAUAUCACAGCUCAAGGUGAGUUGAUCGCUACAGGUGCAAGUUCGGUGCUUGAUCAGCCAGAUAUGAAUUUGGAUUUUAAGGUGAUUCAGGAUCUUUCUGGGAGUAUCUUCAAUUCCAAAAUAGUUGAACAGGCAAAACGCGAAAAAAACAAGUUGGCUAGCAAGUAAGUCUUAUUAUACUAGGUUUCAGGAGUUAAAUAUUUUAAAUCAAACAUAUUCAUUGCUUUGAGUGAAGUAACAGGCGUCCACUUCUUAUCAUUUAACUAUAGACAUCAUGAUCAAUAAGUUGUCUAUUUACUGCAGGUCGACAUGAAAACAUUCCCUGUUAUUAUACUCAUUGAAAACACAGAUCAAAAGAAAACAUAAAUAAUUCAAAGAAAAUAUGUUUUUCGAUUAUUCACAUCACGGAUUGACCUUGAUAUAUAUUUUAUCAUUUGGUUGGACAUUUUCAGUAAUGUCAAUUCAUGUUCCCAUUGGGGAUCAAACUAAAACCCGUCAAGUCUUUCAGUGAGCAUUUAAACUUUAGCAUCCAAUGGUUUGUACAUUUAACCUCAAUCAAUUUGAGACAUUACGCAGCCAUCAUCCAGUGUCCACGGUGACGAAUUAAUUCAUACUUGACGUGGUUGAAAUCCACUAGCCAUGGGUAUUCACUAGAACUUCCGUAAUUACCUCAUGAAACUAGUCGAUAUGAGUACACGAUUCUUAUCAUUCUAUAAAAGGUUUGUGAGGAAUGUUAAGGUUUGGAGUUAACAUGAACUGACCUUUGUUAGAUAUGUAAAUCAUUUGAUGUCUGCUCAGUGGUCUAAAGGUUAAGUUCACACUGAAAGACGUGGAGGUUUUUAGUUCGAUUCCCGAUAGGAUCAUAGAUGGACAUUGUUGAAAUUUCCAUACUACGAUAAAUUAUAUAUCCAUUCUUUCCUGAUUUUCAACAGUUGUUUGACUAAAAUCAGUCCUUGAUAUGCACCAUAAGAAUUAGCAAUCUUCACAAAUCUACUAUCCGGUGAGAAGAUUUUUAAUGCAUUUACUUCAGCCAACUUGCUCAUAGGUAAAAUGGCUCAGAAAUAUAGAACUUCCUGUCAAAAUGUAUUAAUUUCGCUGCCUAAAAGAUUCAAAAUUAAUAAGUCACGCCGAAAUAAAUGACAACUAUAUUUAUUGUAAAAUGGAAAAUUAAAGAUAUGAUAAUAAGAUAGUGAAUAUGUCAGAGAAGAUGAAUAACUAACCUUUCGACUGUGAUAGUAAACCUAAAUCAUGUAAUUUGUGCUCAUAUCUUGGCAGUUGACUUGUUUCUUAGUAAUUCAUAACUACAAUCAGUAUUUUAUUGACAUUAAUGUACAUCACAAAGUGUUUACUUUUACAGUUUUUCAACGUCAUUGCAUUUUCGAUAGAUCCGAACGUCAUUACAGACCGUACUUUCCAUUAGUAUUUAGGAAUUCUGGUAUUUUAUUCUACGUUGAUGUCUUGAUUAGUGAGAAUGUUAUAGAGAUAAAAUCAGCGUUUUCGGUCAAAAUUGUUUGAAUGAUUUAGAUAAUCUAACUACCGUUAGAGCCGUAUGCAAGAGUCUGUGGUGUAAGAAAAAAAAUCCCGGAACCUUUAUGAAACUCCUAUACUAGUAACAUUCUUGUUUUGUUGUAGAUAUGGUUGGUCAAAAACGUGAAAAAAUCAUUUUAAUGUAAAGGUAAUCAAAUGAAUAGUUUUGGGGAUAGACUCAGAAGUAACUCAUGUAUAUUUGAUGUCUGUUCUUACUUAGUAAAGGUAUUUUCAAUAUAGGGAUUACGUAAUCAGUGAAGUGCUUUAUGUAAUAAAAAUUGUAUCCUUUAAUAACUUAAACAAUCGUUGGAAAUUACGUUACCAGUGGCUAAGUGUUGAUUAUCUAUUCUUAAAUGUCUCUCAUUGGACGUUUCCUAUGUUCACAAUUACGUAAAGAAAUAGUUAAUUCAACAGAUCAGUGAACUAUCCUUACAAUCUUUAAGAAUUCUGAUUAGAGUAGAUAAUUUUAUGGUAUAGAAACUAAAGCAUUGUGGUUAAAAUCGUUGAAACAGAAAUCAUAUUCAAAAUCUGUUUUUAAUCAAAGACUGUAAAAUAAUUAUCGUUAUUGUUUAGAUGUGUCCGAAAAAUCUUCAAUUCUUUAAGGUGCUUGUAGAACGGUUGUGACAAGAACACAAGUGGGGACAACCAGAGUAUCUCGAUAAAAUAUAAGAACCAUACACUGUAUACUUUGUUUGCAAAUAUCCAUCAGCUGUCCUUCACAUUCUGUUGGAUUCUUCAAGUUCAUAACUUCUUUAUAUUUUCCCUUUCAUUUUAUUCAACUCGAUCUUCUUGGCCUUCUGAUGCCAGGUUUUCCACUUCCUAUAUGUGUUAUAUGCUACUUAUGUCUGCCUGAAAUUAUCAGAGAGUAUUCAUCAUUUUACGUAAUAAAUCAGAUCAAUGACAUGUGGAUAUGAAAUAUGUUAAUUUCUAGUGUCAUCUCUGUAAAUGAAAAUUUAAUGAUUACAUGCAUACUAUGAAUCAUAAGAUUAUAACUAAAUUUCAAAUUGAUAGUUUUUAAUAUAAUAUUAAAAUAAAGAUAUGUUGUUCAGGUGAAUGCUUUCGAUAUAAUAUUGUAUGGUUUGAUACAUAUGUAUUUAAUACGCAGAAUAUUACAUAUAUUGUGAAAAUCACCUUUUUAUGGAUUUAAUAUAUAGAAAAAACGGUCUUAAGUAAUUUAUCAAUGCAUCAAGUUAAAAUAGAACAAAGAUUAGUGCAGAAUAAUGUGAAUUCAUUUUGUUUCGUCAGGUUCUCAUCAGCUGCUUACAACCUAGAAUAUUUGAAAAUCAGAGUUCUUUCAGAUAUUGACAUUGUCAAUAUUUAAUUUGAACGGAAACAUGCACACUUUUUCUGAGGAAACAGCAGUGAUAUCCAGUACGCGUUCCAUUUCGUCCUAUUUAAAACUCGUCAGCUGGAUGUACCUGCAUCCCAGAGUUCAUGUUCACUUCACGACUCAAACCCAGUACCAUUCGCAUCAAACAUAAAUGGGAAGAUUCAAAUAAACAAUACAAAAUGAAUUAUAAUUUCACUCUUAUGAACAAGUAAGUGACCAUCAGGACUCAGUAGCUAGGUGGAUAACGCGAUGAUGAUUGAAGUGGACGGUACUGGGUUCGAGUUUCGGUGUGAACAUCAACUCUGGGAUACAGGUAAGUCCAUCUGACGAGUUCUUAAUAGAAGGAAACGCUCGUCCUGGAUUACAUUGCUUGCCACUAACCAUAUUUGCAUAUAAUGAUUGUGUUAAUUUAUUUCGGUUAUUUAUUUACCUGACGAAGUGGCUUACAUUAGGUCACGAAAAGUCGGAAAUAAAAUUUUCUACUCAUUGCGAUAUAACAGAAAAUAUAUUUAUUAUUAACUUUCUACCAGAUGCUCAGUUUAUUCAAAACUAUCAAGUCCAACCUUGACACUGAUAUAUAUAUCCUUUGUCAGUAUAUACAACAUGUAACAUAAUCUAUGUUUUAUAUAGUAGUAAUUCACAGAAACUAAUAUACGCAACCAAAGUGUAAUAUAUUCCUGUGAACUACAAAUUAAUUAUUUCCAGAUUACAAGUGUGAAGGUAUUUCAGCAUCAUUUAUCUAUUUUUCCAAACUUUGGUGGAUGGGCAGCAGAUAAUAAUUUAAGCUAGUUUCCUUAUUCAAACUCAAAAUAUCUCCUUUUCUAUCAAUUCUUGAUUUCUUAAUUGUUAGGUUCCCUUUCUUUAUACAUAAUUAUUUGUUAUAUUCUUCAUAGUUUUUAGUAUGAAUUUGUCAUCUGGAUUUUAAUGUUAUUCUCAUGUUAUAAUUGAAAGCUUUGAGUCUUAUACAAGUGUGGAAGUUACUUGUUGAAAAGCUACUCCCACUAAGUAUUUCAAUAUAAAAUUCUACAAAAUAAAUUUCUAUCAGUUAAUUACUUUAUACUGAAUUUGUCUGAUCAAUCUGACUAAUAGUAUUAAGUAUGCAUUGUUUCCAUCAAUAAGGUCUUCAAUAGUUUAUUCGCAAAGAUUUUAUAAAAAACAAUAUCAUGGGAAAUUUUAUAGCGAUUAUCUUUUUAAGCCAUAAAUGAUAUCACGGAAACUAUCACGUUGAUAAUUUGGUCGUUGUAAAUUAUUGUCUUAUUUGAUUAUUAUUACAAAGAAUUUUGUAUUCAUUUUUCUAUUGAUAAUUCAAUGACCAUCUUAU